AUGGAAAGAGUUGAGCAGCCAAGAUCUUAUGCUGUUAAAACAGAGAAAGGAACAAUCAUUCGUAGAAAUAGAAGAGAUCUUCUUAGCACGCCGGAAAGAUUCGAUCUGCGUGAUGCUGUUGAUGAUGAAAUGGAGAUACUACCUAACCCUUUAGCGGUACAACUACCACAACCAAAUCAACCAACCUUUACUCCCAAUCAUCCACCUUUACUCUCGUCAAGAUCUACUUCUGAUCGUUCUGCGCCGAAGUCAAGACAACCUUGUGUUCGAAACAACAGUGAACUGGGUAUCCAAACUCGUUCUGGUAGAGUUGUAAAGCCACCUACUCAUCUGUGA